GGCACCGUGAGAAGUGUCGCCUUGGCACCGGGCGGCACCCGACUCCCCCCCGCGCCGCCAGGGACAGAGGCAGUCUGUUGGUGGAUCGGCCAGCGGUUGGAUGUCCCUGUCCCUGCCCUCGUCCCUCGCCCGCCGCUCACUCGCCAUGGCCCCCGCGCUGCUCCUCGCGCUCGUCCUCGCGGCCUCCAUCUCCACUCUGGCAGCUCCAAUAGAGGAUGAGUCCAUCUUCGCUUACGAUGAACUGUCGUCUUACCUGGAGGCGGACAUCCUGCCAGAUAAGGAUCCCACGAAGAUGGCCAUGGCUGACAACCACCGCCUGUGGCCCGGAGGGAAGGUGCCCUACAGAAUUGACUUCGACGAAACUGAGCAUGUCUAUAUCUACAACCUCCUCCUCUCCGCCAUCACACGCAUGAACGAACAGCACUGCGUGAACCUCGUGAUCGCCGGUAAUGGAGCGGAGGACUACGUGUCUAUACAACUUGAGGAUUACCUUUCUUCACACCUGGGGCGGCAGGGCGGGGAACAGGUGCUCACUAUCUCCCUUGAUGCUAACGUGGGCACCAUCAUGCACGAAUUCAUGCACACGCUUGGUUUCGGACACGAGCAUAACCGCCCAGAUCGAGACGAGUACGUAACGGUCUAUUUCGACAACAUCCAGGAACAGGCCAAACCCUACUUCAAUAAAUAUGGAGCCGAGAGUGGCCUCACUACAGACUUGACUCCGUAUGACUACACCAGCAUCAUGCACGCCACCAACCAGCACAGUGAAGACAUCAACAUUGACACCAGUAAGCCAGUCAUUGAAAGGAAGGACGGUGAGCAAAGCCUGGGGCAAAGGGCUCACCUCACAGAAGGCGACAAAGCACGCAUGCGCCUUGUCUACAGCUGUGACAUGUGUGACGACCCACAAAACGAGAGCAUGCUCUUCCGAUACCCUGGUAACUGCAACAUGUACUACCAGUGUGCCCAGGGACAGGCUGUACCCAGGAACUGCCCACAGAACCUCCACUUCAGCGUGUUGACAGACAGAUGUGAUUAUGCCAACCAGGCUAACUGCACGUUCGUCGGUCUCGUGUAGGCAGGUGCGGGGAACGAUUGGUUUACGUUCGUGGAUUCGCCCGGAUACGAAUGCGAGAACGGCGAUGGAGCGUGAAUGGCCGUCUAAUUCGUAUCUAUUUUUUUUUUUUCUUUUUUUUUUUGUGACGAAGAUGUGGAUGUGAAGGAGGAAUAAAGUCGAAACACUUUACAUGAAGAUCGGAUGUUGAUUUGGUUUUGUUUUUUUCUUGGAGUGUUCUUGAAGUUUCGAAGUAUGGGAACUUUGUGUAGUUAAGAGCGACGAGUCAUAAGCUAAAUAAAUUUCGCAGUUUUUGGUUUUCUUUGAGAAUGACGUAAUCGGGGGCGUCAUUAGUGUAAUGGGGGGGAGAGGCUGAGGGGUAAUUCAUCCCCACAAGACUGGUUCCCCCACCCCCACCCCCGCCCAACCAUAAAGGGCCAUACCCUCAAUUUUUUUCCCCAAAAUUACACCGUCGUAGCAAUGGUCCUAGCUUAGAUUGGUUCAUCUUUUAUUUGAUAUGACGCCCCUAGAUGCAAUCCUUCAAAUUUUAAGAUAAGUGACUUUAAGGUAUCUGGGACUGACAUCCAGAUUUAGAGGUUUGUAGUUAGGUUAACCUUAAUACACACACGCACACACACACACACACACACACACACACACACACACACACGCACACACACACACACACACACA